UAAAUCUGGCCACGUGUACAUGUUGCUAACAUGCGCCUACCUCAACGUUUUAAAAUAAAAAACCUCCCAAAAUCCCCAAAACCCUCUGCUCUGCUCCAUCAAUGGCUGCUCCAUCAAUGGCUUUAACUCACUCACUUUCCCCUCCAUUUCUCAUCAAAUUUCCCUCUCAUUCCUCUAACAAGUUCACCUUUUUUCACAAGCUACCCUUCCGCAACCCCAAAAUUCCCUUCCUUAUUCUCUCCCGUUCUUCUCCGAAACCAGCUCCAUCCACCGAACAGGAAGCCCUAAAAUUCAUAGCGGACUCCGAUGGAACCACGCUCCCUUGUGUUCGGACCUACGAAAACGACCUCGCUCGCCUCACCCUUGUUGGAGCCGUCGGCUUUGACCAAGCUUUGACGGCUGCAGCUGCCGAUGGAGGCCGAGCCGCUACCGAGCACGUCGAGUCCGGUAUCCCUGCUAUGGUUAUUGAAACUGUUUUCCCUGGCCCCACCGCUAAAAAUGCCACCGUUUCAACCCGAUUGUUUUUGCCUGCUAGGAAAGUUAAAGAAAAAGCUCAAAAGCUGAAAAAGUCACUGUCUGAAGAAAUUUUAGCGGGAACAUCAUCGAAAAACAUACUGGCAAUGACAUUUAGGCAAGUGGUUAUGCAAAAGCUUUGGAGUUUCGAACUGGUUUUGUUUUGUCCUGGAACCCAAAGAGAUAUGGAGGAUCUUGAAAACCCAAGAGAGCAGGUUCUCACCUCGUUCACUCUCAGCUCGUCGGAAGAAAGGGUUAUCUCUGUGCUGGGUGAACUUGUUUGCAUCUUGGCUUUACAAAGCACUGAAAAACAUUUCCUGGAAAAUUUAUUGGGAAAAACUUCCUAUAACUUCUUUCUGUGGUUUCGGAAGUCGAAAAAUAUUGUAUCAAAAGAUUCCUCGGUUAUUAUAUAUGAAGCGUUUGAAGAUGAGGUGGUUGAAAAUGCCAAGAGUCUUCUUGAAAGUUUUAAUUCGAGUAAAGAGAGUUUCAAGGCUAUGGAUUUGAGGAGGAAAAACUAUGCGUGGACUCAACCUUUGCACUCUAAGUUGAAAAAGAUUGGUGGUCAUGAGUUUAGUGCUUGGACAAGUGAGUUUAUACCUGCCUUUCGGCUGGAAAUCAAUGCAAAUACAUUUAAGGAUGUAAAGUUUGAAGGAUGGAGAAAAUCUGACGAGAAUAGGUGGGAAGUUCUUUUGACACACUCCCAGAUGGUUGGACUGGCUGAUAUGUUAGAUAUGUACUAUGAAGAUGUCUACUCACUGCCUAACAAACAACUACACAGUGGUGUGGUUGCCAAUUAUAACAGCUUGUCUAAAGCAAAGAGGAGCUCUUCUUUCUUGAGAGUGGUAUCUGCCACCAUUGCAAGUGGAAUUCUUCUCAUUACCAUCAGUACACUCAGUCAAUUUAGUUUUCCUUAUCUAGGCAAAGGAGGAAAGUACCCUGGAGGAUCUAGGUCUCCAUCGUCAUCAAUUAUUGAGUCUACAACAAUUCAAUCUGUAGACACUGAAAAGUUGGAGGCAUUUUGUAUCUUGUUAGUCCGAAAGAUUAAGGAUGCCUUUGGCUGGCCUGGUGACAUAGCAACAGAAACCAAUCUUGGUGCCUGGAUUGGUGAAAUACCAAACUACUUGAAAGCACCUCAUCAAGCUAAUUCUAAUAGUGAGGACGAUUCAACUAGUUCUGCUGAUGUGGAGAAAAUGGAUGCUGAUAUAAAAUCAUCUGUCCAGGAUGUUGCUAGUUAUCAGGUGGUUUUGUCAACUGAAGGGAAAAUAGUUGGGUUCCAACCUACAAGUCGGGUGGGUGUCAAUCAUUGGGCUGUCAAUCCCUUAACAAAAGAGCUAUAUGGUGGGAAAAAAAUUUCCCCUGGUUUAAUCGAACGUCGUCUCAAGAUCCGCCUUCCAAAUGAGAUUGUUGUAAUUGAGUUGUUGAUGUCAGUUAAUCCAGAUUCCUGCUUUGCAUUAGCUAGGCCAAUCCAAUCAUCUUUGCUUGGGUUGGCUUAUACAAAGAGCUCAUUGGAAUAAAGUUGAUGGCAUUAAUAAAGACAGGCUUUUUUUUUUUUUUUUAAUGUUAGUAGUUUUGGUUGAAGUUCGAGAUUGUUUAAGGGUUAUUCUCCAAUGAGACUAAGUUGGGUGCAAUCUCACCCUUGCACAUAUAUAAUACGUGUAAUGCCCUUCCAUAUUUACAAAUACAUGAGAACAAUACGGACACUGAAUACAAGUAUGAUUUAUGACUUAAGAUUUUUUUAAUAGGACUUAAUGCUUUUACAGGAACAGAAAUUCUAUAGAAAAUAUUAGCCAAAAUGUGUGAUUGUGGAUACAAAUAGAAACUUGUAAUUGAAGCGGAAGU